UCUCGGUCGCCGUCGACUCAACGUUUUAUCUGCUGCUGGACGCCAAGACAUACAUGAGUGGAGGGAGUGGAUCAAGGAAGAAAGCACUGUACCACUAGCAGCAAGUAAGAAGAGAGCUUGCCCAGCGGAAGAAACCGACCAAGGAGCGGCAGAGAAUGCGGCCAAGGGCGCGCCGUGUCUGAGCUGUACGGUGAUCCGUCAGCCUGAUGGGCCCUGCGUCAGCCCACCCGCCCCUCUCGCCCACUCUCCUGAGCCGGAGGAGCCCCCCAUUUCUGCACUCCCUGAUCCCUUCCAACGACCGAAAAAAGGAGAAAGAGACGAGCGACGGCCGGAGGAGGAGGAGGAGGCUGGCCCUGGCUGGUGGUGUGCGAUGGCGCGGCGCGGGCGGGUUGAGCUGCGGCGGAUCGAGGACCGGACGAGCCGGCAGGUGCGCUUCUCCAAGCGUCGCUCGGGGCUCUUCAAGAAGGCGUUCGAGCUCGCCGUCCUCUGCGACGCCGAGGUCGCGCUGCUCGUCUUCUCCCCCGCCGGCAGGCUCUACGAGUACGCCUCCUCCAGCAUAGAAGGUACAUAUGACCGCUAUCAGGGAUUUGCAGGAGCUGGAAAGGACCUGAAUGAACGUGGUGCAAGUAGCAACAAUGAUGGAGAUCCUUCAAAUAUACAGUCAAAGCUUAAAGACAUUGCUUCCUGGUCUCUUCGAAACAAUGCUGAUGACUCAGAUGCUAAUGAGCUAGAGAAACUAGAGAAACUACUGACAGAUGCUUUGAAGAAUACAAAAUCCAAGAAGAUGUUGGCGCAACGAAAUAGCGGUGCAGGCACGAGUGCGAGCGGCGAGACCUCCAAUCGUCCUAGGGGACACGAGGAAGGAAGGACUUGAGCAGUCAUGCUGUGCACACAUUUGGUACGAGCAAAGCUCUGUUGCUGAUGCCACACUCUUCCCCAGUUAUUAGGCAGGAAAGAGUUGUGAAGGCUGCUGCUCUAAGGUGCAGCAGGGCAGAAGUGGCAUAUUCAAUAAAAGGGUGCUGGGUUAAUACCAGCAGUGUGUGUGUCAUUGCUAAGUUGCUUGUUGCUUAUUCUGUACAUUGUGCUUUCGUAGAACUGUGUGACGUUGAUGUUAACCUAUCAGUCUGUUGCUAGUCUUCACAACACAGGUUAUACACUGCUGAGUGAGAAAUCAGUUUAUGUGGAUGCACCUUAUAUAGCCUGACGCAGAUGCUACUACCUCUCAAGCUGGUUUUCCGUUCCA